CGAAUAGGGAAACACUCAAAAUACAACCAUUUUUUGGCGUGUGUGUAGCUAGCGCAAGCCGCUUGGAAAUAUAAAAAAGAGGGAAGCGAGUGGUGAAUCGUAUAAAAAACACGCACGCCCGGCAUCAUUGCAUUUUACAUUUGUGAAUAUCGUGAAGCGCGUACACAGCGAAAAAAAGAAACAUGUCUGACGAAAAGAAGGGAGGCGAAACUGAGCACAUUAAUCUGAAAGUACUAGGCCAGGAUAAUGCGGUGGUCCAAUUUAAAAUUAAGAAACACACACCUUUGCGGAAACUAAUGAAUGCCUACUGCGACCGUGCCGGACUCUCCAUGCAGGUGGUGCGCUUCCGUUUUGACGGUCAGCCCAUCAAUGAGAACGAUACUCCGACCUCGCUAGAGAUGGAGGAGGGUGAUACUAUCGAGGUGUAUCAACAGCAGACCGGCGGUGUUUAUUAAAUAUAUACUUGUAUGAAUGUAGUUAAGCUAGUUACUUUUCAUUUUAACGACAACAGCAGCAACAAAACCAACAGCAACUGCUGCAGCACUAGCAGCAGUAACAAUAAAUAAGCGAGCAUUAUUCUACAUAAAUAAACAAAAAGAAAAAUAUCAAUUAUGUCCUUGUUCCGCUUCAUGUUGUAUAUACAUGAAAAGAAAACAACUAAAGGAAGUGUCCCCAACAUACAUCUAGAUAUUUGCUAAAAGGAAACAAAACAAAAACAAACAAAAAACUGGAAAAUAAAGCAUUUUGUAAACUA